GGCACGCUUCAGUCAAAAAUGUCGCUUUUUCGGCUCGUCGAAUGGGUUUCACAAACAAUUCCUAAUACGUCAACUAUAUUGAACGCUUCAUUUUUUCAAGAUAGAGAGCAACUUGUUAUUGGAGGAGAAAACGGUCAAAUUACGAUCUCAGAUCCAGGAUUCAGGGAUACCAAUGCGCAUGUACUGUGUACAACUGAAACUAAAUAUGCUAUACUCCAAAUGGCAUCUGAUAACUUUCUACCUUCAAUGAAUAAUAUUCUUGCCGUCUUAUCACCAACAAAGUUAACCUAUUACAAAGUUCAUUUUGCAAGUCCUGAUGAAACCCUCGCAUCACUUGAUGAGAUAUUCUCUCAUUCUUUUUCAACAUCUGCAUGGAAUAUGUGUGUAAUACCAAUUGAAGAAUCAACUCCACAGAUAUUAGUGCAAUCAAUUGAUUGUAAAUUAUCUUUGUUUCAAGGAGAUCAAUGUGUUUUUUCAAUGGUUCCAUUGAGAGCUCUUCAACCAGGACCAAUCGGUUACUGUCAGACUACACAAACUCUUUUUGUUGCAAAUAAUGGAUUCUUAGCUGCUAUCAAAUUCAGUCUUAUGUCAAGUGGAUCGCAGAAAAAGAUUAAUUAUGACUGGUCUUUUAAUCUGGGUGAUACUGCAAUACAAAUGAAAGUAACCGAAGGAUCUAAACCAACAACCAUUGUAUUAUGCCGCCGACACGUGUCUGCAUUUAAUGCAACUGGAUCAGUUGUCUGGCAGAUUCGUUUAGAAGCUGUUGGAAUGGCAAUGUGUCUUUAUAGAUCACUUCUGAUUAAUAACACUCAAUUCAAUCGUUUAAUAGUUUCAACAUCUGACGAUACAUUGCUAAUAUUUCAAGAUAAUAAACUUGUAUGGAACUGUAAUGCUCAAAUGUCACCAGUUGCACUAUUAGUUUGCUCUUAUAACAAAUCCUAUGAGAAUACCAUUACAAUGAUGGCACCAGACGGUAAAGUUGUGGUUGGAUAUCUUGGAACCGAGCCAAAUUUAUAUAGGUUACCCGAGGACAAAGUGAUAGUAAAUUACGCGGAACGAAUGGAAGAAUAUAAGAGAAUGGAGCAAAAAAUCAAGGAAUCAGAUGCAGCCGGUGGAGCUAUCAAAAGAAAAGAAGGAAUUCAAAUGAAGCUGAGCAUUGGAGAAAUUGGUAAACGAACUAUUGAGCCAAAUGCUGCAAGCAAUGCACCAUACUGCAACCUUAUUGUAGAAUUCUCAGAAGUUCAAAAUGUUUCUAAACUUCACAUCAAUAUUCUAUCGGAAUGUGCUUCUCCAUCCAAACAAGUAAUUCUUAAUGUGGGGACUUCAAAGUCCACUGCAUCUAUUGAAAUUCCAUUUUACGUCGGAUCCAAAAAAUCUCCAACUAGCAAUAAAGUCACUAUUGCAGCACAUUGCGCAUUCACCCAAUUAACAGUCACCAAAUCAAUCGAUUUGCCAUUCAAAGUAUUGUUUGAGGAAUCACAAAUUGAUAGAAAUGCAAAAUAUAAAGUGACAAUUGAUACAGCUGGAUCGGUUAUGCCACUGAAUAAAUUAUUUUCUGAGUUCGAAUCUGAAAAUCCACAAGCAAUUGGAUUUUCUCUUCAUGGCUCUGAUAAGACAGUUUCAGUGUUUGCAGCCAACAAGUCAAAUCGUUACCGUAUUCAAUCAGAACAUAUUUCAUUAUUACAAAUAACAUCAAGGGAAUUGGUAAAACGAAUUGCUGAAUCAGCGCCGGGAAUUGAAAUUGGAGGAGUUAUUCCAUUUGAGUACAUGAGAGAAACAUUGGAUGAAAUUCAAGAGCUUCAAACGAAGAAAAAGGAAGAUUCAAAGAAAAUUGACUGUCGAACAAAAGAAGUUCGAGCAAUUGAAGCAUUAUCUUUGAAUUCGUGUAAAACUGGAAAUAUGGGAAAUUUGCCUUCUUUGGAUGCACUGUUUGAUAAAUCAUAUAGAGAACUUCUCGAUGCAAUGGAUAGUUACAAUAGUUUAACUGCAAAAAUUGAAAAUCAAAAGGCUUCAUUGAACUCAUUAUUCCAAUUGGCAGCAGAUUUGUCAAAACUUUCAAAAGUGGAUACUAUUUUAAAUGGAUCUUUCUGGGCAAAUACUCAACAGUCUCUACGAGAUCGCCUUCGAUGGGCUGUGAAAACAGAUCGUGGAAAUGAAAUGACAAUGAUUGAGAAACUAUGUGAACACUCGCCAAAGGAAUUACCAAAAAUUAGAGAAGAAGAGGAAGAGGAAGAGCAACAAGUGACAGCUUAAUUAAUUUAAAGAAGAACAUAUUUAAGUAAUUUAAUGAAGAUUUCUAUUUU